CCUUUCUCUCCAUCCGAUUCUCAUCCACUCACCCGUUACCCUCUAGACAGUUCUUGAACGACAACAAACCCUCGACCAAAAAUUCUUAUCUUUCUUUCUUUCUAUAGACACCACAAUACUUAUGUCCGUUUUUUGAUCGAGUCGUCCCCAAGGCACAAUGGCUGGCGCGGACGAGACGCUCGCGGCCGCCACUGCCCUCCUCCAAGGUCUGGCCAGAGACGUCCCCGGCUCCGGCCCCUCUCCUCCCUUCGACUUCCACUUCCCCCAUUCGACCACCAAUGGUUACAACUCCAAACCUCCCAAACUGCCCGGGGACCGAAGCCCAGCGAAAGCGGCGUUUGAAAAUGAAUUAGAAGCUCUGAUCCGUCGGGUGCAUCACUUGGAAUUCCAAUCUGUCAGUCACCAGCCGUCCCUCGGACACCCCCUAGGACUCGCUCAGUCUGCCUUGUGCCCUAGCACUCGGGAAACUGAGUUCCUCUGCUCAUUUGGUCUCUCUCGCUCCACCUCCCGGGAAGGUUCUAACGCAUCUUCCAUCCUACAGCAGCAAAAUCCCAGCCAACCCGCCCGCCCCAGACGACCCAGCGUCGAUCCCCAUGACCCCGAGCCCGAGGAGGAUGACGACGAAGAAUCCGACGAGGACGACGAACUGGAACCCGGGACCCGGCUGGUGCGCGAAGAGGAUAUCAGUUAUCUGCGGAACCACGUCCAGAAACUCGCCGAGGAGAUCAGCUACCAGAAGGACAUCAUCGCCCAGGUCCGCGAUGAAUUAAAACAGCAGGAAGAGCAGACCCGUCGCGCGUUGACCAAGGUCGAGAACGAGGAUGUCGUCCUCCUCGAACGGGAGCUGCGCAAGCACCAGCAGGCCAACGAAGCCUUCCAGAAGGCCCUGCGGGAGAUUGGCGGGAUCAUCACCCAGGUGGCCAACGGUGACCUGUCCAUGAAGGUCCAGAUCCAUCCCCUGGAGAUGGACCCCGAGAUCGCCACCUUCAAACGGACGAUCAACACCAUGAUGGACCAACUGCAGGUCUUCGGUAGCGAGGUGUCGCGAGUGGCCCGCGAGGUCGGAACCGAGGGCAUACUCGGUGGCCAGGCCCAGAUCACGGGAGUCCACGGCAUCUGGAAGGAACUGACCGAGAACGUGAACAUCAUGGCCAAGAACCUCACUGAUCAAGUGCGCGAGAUCGCCGCGGUCACCACCGCGGUCGCUCACGGUGAUCUGAGCCAGAAGAUCGAGAGUCGGGCCCAGGGCGAGAUCCUGGAGCUGCAGCAGACCAUCAACACCAUGGUCGACCAGUUGCGAACCUUUGCCACGGAGGUGACCCGCGUGGCGCGCGAUGUCGGGACGGAAGGUGUCCUGGGGGGCCAGGCGCAGAUUGAAGGGGUCCAGGGGAUGUGGAACGAGCUGACGGUCAACGUGAACGCCAUGGCCAACAACCUGACCACCCAGGUGCGCGACAUUGCCACGGUCACCAAGGCCGUGGCCAAGGGUGAUCUGACCCAAAAGGUCCAGGCCAACUGCAAGGGGGAGAUCGCCGAACUGAAGAAUAUCAUCAACAGCAUGGUGGACCAGCUGCGGCAGUUCGCCCAGGAAGUCACGAAGAUCGCCAAGGAGGUCGGCACGGAUGGUGUGCUGGGUGGCCAGGCCACCGUCAAUGACGUCGAGGGCACGUGGAAGGAUCUGACCGAGAAUGUCAACCGGAUGGCCAACAACCUCACGACCCAGGUCCGCGAGAUCGCGGACGUGACCACUGCGGUCGCCAAGGGCGAUCUGACCAAGAAGGUCACGGCGAACGUGCAAGGCGAGAUCCUGGACCUGAAGAGCACCAUCAACGGCAUGGUGGACCGACUGAACACCUUCGCCUUCGAGGUGAGCAAGGUCGCCCGCGAGGUCGGGACGGACGGCACCCUCGGGGGCCAAGCCAAGGUGGACAACGUGGAGGGCAAAUGGAAGGACCUCACCGAUAACGUGAACACCAUGGCCCAGAACCUGACCUCCCAGGUGCGGAGUAUCUCCGACGUGACCCAGGCCAUCGCCAAGGGUGACCUGAGCAAGAAGAUCCAAGUCCACGCCCAGGGAGAGAUCUUGACGCUCAAGGUGACCAUCAACCACAUGGUGGACCGACUCGCCAAGUUCGCCACCGAGCUCAAGAAGGUCGCUCGCGAUGUCGGCGUGGAUGGCAAGAUGGGCGGCCAGGCCAACGUGGAGGGGAUUGCCGGAACGUGGAAGGAGAUCACCGAGGACGUGAACACCAUGGCCGAGAACCUGACGUCGCAGGUGCGAGCCUUUGGCGAGAUCACGGAUGCCGCCACCGACGGCGAUUUCACCAAGCUCAUCACCGUCAACGCCUCGGGUGAGAUGGACGAGCUGAAGCGGAAGAUCAACAAGAUGGUGUCCAACCUGCGAGACAGUAUCCAGCGAAACACCGCGGCCAGGGAGGCCGCCGAGUUGGCGAACCGCACCAAGUCCGAGUUCCUGGCGAACAUGAGUCACGAGAUCCGAACCCCCAUGAACGGCAUCAUCGGCAUGACACAGUUGACCCUCGAUACGGACGACCUCAAGCCGUACACGCGCGAGAUGUUGAACGUCGUGCACAACUUGGCCAACAGCUUGCUGACGAUCAUCGACGACAUCCUGGAUAUCUCCAAGAUCGAGGCGAACCGGAUGGUCAUCGAAAGCAUUCCCUUCACGGUCCGGGGGACCGUGUUCAACGCGCUCAAGACGCUGGCGGUCAAGGCCAACGAAAAGUUCCUCAGCCUGACCUAUCAGGUUGACAACACGGUCCCCGACUACGUGAUCGGCGACCCCUUCCGCCUCCGUCAGAUCAUCCUCAACCUGGUCGGCAAUGCCAUCAAGUUCACCGAGAAUGGCGAGGUCAAACUCACGAUCCGCAAGUCGGAUCGGGAGCAAUGUGCGAUGAACGAGUACGCCUUCGAAUUCUCCGUCUCUGACACCGGCAUCGGUAUCGAAGAAGAUAAGCUUGAUCUCAUCUUCGACACGUUCCAGCAAGCCGACGGGUCGACCACCCGGCGAUUUGGCGGCACCGGUCUGGGCCUGUCGAUCUCGAAACGUCUGGUGAACCUGAUGGGUGGUGAUGUCUGGGUCACGUCGGAGUACGGCCAUGGCAGCACGUUCCACUUCACCUGUGUGGUGAAACUCGCGGACCAAUCGCUGAACGUGAUCGCCAACCAGCUGUUGCCGUACAAGAACCACCGGGUGCUCUUCAUCGACAAGGGCGAGAAUGCCCACCAGGCGGACAAUGUCAUGAAGAUGCUCAAGGAGAUCGACCUCGUGCCGCUGGUGGUGCGGAAUGAGGACCAUGUCCCGCCCCCGGAGAUCCAGGAUCCGUCCGGCAAGGAAUCCGGUCACGCCUACGACGUGAUCAUCGUGGAUUCAGUGGCGACGGCUCGACUUCUCCGCACGUUCGACGACUUCAAGUACGUUCCCAUCGUCCUGGUGUGCCCCCUGGUGUGCGUCAGUUUGAAGUCGGCCCUGGACCUUGGGAUCAGCUCCUACAUGACCACGCCGUGUCAGCCCAUCGACCUCGGGAACGGUAUGCUGCCGGCCCUGGAAGGACGUUCCACGCCGAUCACGACCGACCACUCCCGCUCGUUUGACAUCUUGCUCGCCGAGGACAACGACGUCAACCAGAAAUUGGCCGUGAAGAUCCUCGAGAAGCACAACCACAAUGUCUCGGUUGUUGGCAACGGCCUAGAGGCAUUUGAGGCGGUCAAGCAACGUCGUUACGAUGUCAUCCUGAUGGACGUCCAAAUGCCAGUCAUGGGUGGCUUCGAAGCGACCGGCAAGAUCCGCGAGUACGAGCGGGAGUCCGGUCUGACUCGGACACCAAUUAUCGCCCUCACGGCCCACGCGAUGUUGGGUGACCGGGAGAAAUGCAUCCAAGCCCAGAUGGACGAGUAUCUCUCGAAACCGUUGAAACAGAACCAGAUGAUGCAGACCAUCCUCAAAUGUGCCACCCUGGGCGGUUCAUUAUUGGAGAAGAGCAAAGAGUCACGGAUCUCGAGUAGCGGUGAAAUGCAUCCCGUCCACACGGGCGAUGGCAAGCGUCCGAAUAUGGACACACGAUCCAUCACCGCUACGAGUACAGUGAAUCGUGGUAGCAGUAGCCUGACAGGUCCCAACGUGGACAAGAGCGAUGAACUUGCUAUGGAGAGGGCUUUACUGCGAUCCAACAGCUCGUGACACGAUUUGAAGAUAUUUUUGUGCUUUUUUUUUUUUACUUUUUUCUUUCCCCCUUUUUCCGAGUGGCUUCGAUGUAAAACUUAUACCCUUUCUAUUUGCGCGCUUGCAAGAGAUGUUCGGCAUCGCUACCAUCUUCUUCUCAUUUCAUCCUUUAUUCGACCCC